ACUUUCCUCUCUCUUUUGGAUCUCCUUCUCCAUGCAGCUCAAUAUAAAGGGACCUUCAACGUCAGCCUUCCUGUCAACGCCAUCUCGCCCUCAGCUACCAUACUUGUUUACUCUGUUUUCCACCAAGGCCGGGUGGCUGCCGACAGCACCGAUGUGAAAGUCUCCAAGUGCUUCGGGAACAAUGUGAAGCUAUGCUUCUCAGAGAAGAUGGUUCUCCCAGGAUCGGCUGUCUGCCUCCAGGUGAAGGCCGCCCCGGGCUCCCUGUGCAGCGUCCGUACUGUGGACCAGAGCGUCCUUCUAAUGAGGCCAGAGGCAGAGCUGUCCAGGGCCAGUGUGAGUCACUCCAAUGCUGGGGAGGCUGAACUGCACCAACGUUAGAAAUAUUUCAGUGUCGCCUUUGGCUGCAGGCACUGAGGAUUCUGGGGCCACAUACCUCACUAGGCAUGUGACUAGGGACGUGGUACAGCCUGAUCAGACUGAAAAAAAGCUAAGCCCAACCUUCAACCCAAAUCCAA